AUGGCAAUCCUCGAUUACGAAUACGACCCCAAGGCACUGCAGCCGGAGACGAAGCGUGGCGUUGAUUUCAUGUAUGAGGCUGCCGAUCGGAAGGCUGCCCAUGACGCCUGGGUUGACUGCUUUACCAAGAAUGGGAAGCUACAUAAGGGCGAGCUGUCACCUGUUGGCCCAGAAGAGUUGAAGAAGUACAUUGUUGACAGCUGGAACAACACUGUCUCACGUGUUCAUGAUGUAAAGAAGGUAGAUGUGAUCCAGUCAUCGCCACUCGUCUUGAAGAUCGAGGGUGUAACUACUUAUCAACGAUCCAACGGGCAGGAGCAACAAGGGUCCUGGACAGCUAAGCAGACCUACGCCGAAGAGAACGGUAUUCAGAGAGUUUGUGACUACAAAAUCAACUUUGUAAGUAUUCAUAAGACGCUCCAGAAGAAGUCAAUCUAA